UAAUAUAACGUUUAGGAAAUGCAUCGCAACAACAUCAGCUAGACCAGCACGAAACAUUUGAAUAAUUUAUAGCCAUAGUCAUGUUUGAACUAGCAACAAAUCCGAAAUCUAUUGACUAGCUUGACAGCCAGCUAAAGUUAGCUAAAAGCUCUAACUAUAUUGAGUAAUUAAAUUUGACGAAGCAUUACUAAAAUGUCAGAGAAGAAAAAAGGAAAGGUCACAGAAAGCAAAGAGGAAGGGAAUUUGCAAGUAUCCUACAUUUUCCCAAAUGGUGACAGAUAUGAAGGAGAGUGCUGCAGGUCCACAGAGGGAGUCGUGGUGAGGCGUGGUAUGGGCAAACACACCUCAGCCAGUGGUGUCACCUACACUGGAGAGUGGCAUGAUGACAAGAUGAAUGGCAGAGGGACUCUGGAGCAUCCCUCUGGGGCCAUGUAUGAAGGGGACUUCAAAGACAACAUGUAUCAUGGCACAGGGACAUACAGCUUCUCUGACGGGACCAAAUACUGCGGCAGCUUCAGCAAGAACAGGUUGGAGGGUGACGGGGAGUUCACCGACUCUCAGGGACUUGUUUGGAUUGGAGGCUUCCACAACAAGGCAGCUCCUGGAUUAAAACUUAAACUCAGCAUGUAACCCAUGACAUAAUGUGAGAUAACAUAACUCUAAUUUCUCUUACAUUUAUGAACAUUUAUUUAAUAUAGAUUA